CCACUCUCGGAGGUAGAAAAUGUGGGAUUCCUGCGUCUCCUCCAUGUUCUGGAGCCCAGAUAUGAUGUCCCAAGCCGCCGCUACAUGACUGACACAGAGCUGCCUAAACUACACGACUCCGUGAAAAAACAUAUCCACAGCCUACUGCAAGCCUCCUCUGCGUUUAGUUUCACCACGGAUAUUUGGACAAGCAGUGUUAGCCCUGUGUCGCUAAUUAGCCUAACCUCCCAGUGGAUAGACGAGAGUUUCACGCCGCAACGAGCCAUAUUACAUGCGAAACAAUUCCGCAGCUCGCACACCAGCAAGGCUAUAGCGCAUGUGUUUGAGGAAAUGCUCCAGACAUGGGGUAUACCUAAAACAUCAGUACAUGUUGUGCUUCGUGACAAUGCCAAAAACAUGAUUAAAGCCAUGAAUGACGCAGGGCUCCCAAGUCUGCCGUGUGUCGUGCACACGCUCCAACUGGCUGUUCAUGAGGGCUUAUUAGCACAGAGGAGCAUAGCUGAUGCUAUAGCAGUGGGGCGGAAAAUAGUUGGGCAUUUUAAACAUUCCGCCUUAGCCUACUCCCGCCUCGAGGACAUUCAGGGACAGCUCAACCAGCCAAUAAAGAGACUGCAGCAGGACGUACAGACGCGCUGGAACAGCACGUAUUACAUGCUCCAGUCCCUCAUUGAGCAAAAGCGAGUGCUGGGGGUGCAUGUGUCCGAGCAUGAACUCCCUGACUAUCUCACCGCUCACCAAUGGGCUAUUAUGGAGAAGACUGUUGCCAUCCUCGCCCCCUUUGAGGAACUAACUAAAAAAGUGAGCAGCUACGACGCACUAGCCUCUGAUGUCAUCCCAGCUGUGACUGUGCUAGUGAGACUUCUAAACAGAGAAACAGACGAGGACCACGGCGUCAAGACAAUGAAAGCAACCUUACUGGCAGCUGUCAAGAAGCGCUUCAGUGACGUCGAGACCAACCCACUGUACUUCAUCUCCACCAUACUUGACCCAAGGUAUAAAGAUCGCUUCUUCUCCAACAACACUGCUCCGGAGGCCAAGCUGCACCUGAAGCAGGAGCUGCAGAUGAUGUCCAGAGCUGAGGCAGAGGGGAGUCGGGCAGAAGCUGCAGAACCUCCUGCUAAACUGUUCCUCAAGGCCCAGGCCAGCACUAGCAGCAGUCUGGACACUGUAUUUGAAGAAAUCGCUAAGGAGCUCGACACAUACCUCGGAGAGGCACCAAGCCCUCGUGAAGACAGUCCUCUGAAGUACUGGGGUGUCAACAAAAUCAGGUUCCCCACUUUGGCUAAAAUGGCCCAGAAAUACCUCUCAGCCCCAUGUAGCAGUGUGGAAAGUGAAAGGCUUUUUAGCUCAGUGUCACACAUUAUUUUUGAAAACAGAAACAGGCUGACUGCUGAUAAUGCAGAAAAGCUACUUUUCUUAAAAAAAAACCUGCCACUCACUUUUUCUAAAUAG